AUGCCGACAUUUGUUCCAGACGCCGUUUAUGUCUCCACCACUCAUGGCGACGUGAGAGGUUCAGAGUUCCUGACCUCCUCUGUUGUCGGAAAUGCUGUCUUUGACCGCGUCUUCACCUUCAAGGGGAUUCCUUACGCCGCUCCGCCUGUGGGGGACCUCAGGUGGCGCCCUCCCCAGGACCCCGCCAGCUGGUCAGGUGUCCGUGACGUCACAGAGUUCGGCUCCAGAUGCCCAGAGGCUGAGUUCGCGCCGCCCGAUCCACUUUACAACGAGAUCAUGGCGUUACGCGGUAACUCCAGCAGCGAGGACUGCCUGUUCCUGAACGUGUACACUCCAAACGUGUCCGCCACUGCCGACCUGCCUGUGAUGGUGUGGAUCCAUGGCGGGGGAUGGUACUAUGGGAGUGGUGAAACCUACCCGGCAGAGAUCCCCACGUCACUCCAUAACGUCGUCAUGGUAACCAUCAACUACCGGCUGGGUAACCUGGGCUUCCUGCCGACCCUGGACGACGACGCACCGGGCAACUUUGGUGUCUUGGACGCGAUAAAGGCCCUCGAGUGGGUGCGAGACAACAUCCGGAACUUCGGAGGAGAUCCCGACAGAGUCACUAUAUUUGGAGAGUCAGCUGGAGGCUAUACUGUCUCCCUGCUCGUCAUGUCUCCCAUGGCAACGGGACUGUUCCACCGGGCCAUCUCGCAGAGCGGCGUGGCGGGAGUUCCAGUCACACAGAAAGGCGACAUCACACAAACACAAAACCUCGCUCUCAGCUUGAACUGCAGCACGGACUCCUACGAUGACAUGAUGAGCUGUCUGCGAGGGUUACCCAGUGAUGACGUGUUCACGCUGAUGCGUACGUCCGUGGUCAUCGAUGACAAGUUCCUCCUGCAAAGUCCCUGGGACCUAAGGAACCACAAAUCCAUCAACAAGGUAGACUACCUCCUGGGCACCAACAACGACGAGUUCGGGUACUACAUGUUCUUCGGGUACCGGGACAUAGCCGCAGACGGGAUGACCAGGGCUGAGUUUGAAACGUACCUGCCGAACGAUCUGCAACAGAUUGCCGACCAGUAUCUGGGCGGCAGUGUUGACAUGAUCCUCCAGCCUGCGAUGGACCAGUACCUGGACCCCGACAUGGCGGACGAUCCGAUCUACCUGCGUGACCAGUACCUCCUACUACUUAUGGACGCCUGGUUCGCUUCACCGACAGUCAUGAUGGCACAGGCCCAGUCAGGCAUGCCGGCAGUGGCGUGGCAGGGCUCCAGCCAAGUGUACCAGUACGAGCUGCAGCACAGAGCGUCGGUCUUCUCCUUUCGUCCGCCGUAUGUAGGAGCUGACCACGUCGAUGAUCUGUUUUUCGUGUUCGGCAUCCCGCUCCUGCGUGACGACACCGGCGCCUCCUGGAAGUACAGCUUCACCCAGGCGGAGAGGGACCUGAGUCUGGACAUGAUGGCGUACUGGGUCAACUUCGCAACUAACGGAGAUCCCAAUGACUCGACAGGAGCAGCGCGCAUGCGUGACAUGGUCCACUGGCCACGUUACACCCCUUCAUCUCAGUCAUACCUGAAGCUGCACGUGACGUCAUCUGCUGACGUCAGGCUGCGGGAGUCCCGGAUGAAAUUUUGGAACGAGGAGGUGCCAAGGCUGAUGGGAAAGCACGUUUUUAGCGGCGGGACUCGCGAGACUUCAUGUAGCCUUUCUGUUCUGGUGUUCACAUUUGUUGUGUUCUAUCUGUUGGCCUGAGGUCCUGCUCACAAUUGUCCUAGGGCAGGUUAAUGGCAGGAACAUUGUUAAUCUGCAAGCAGCGACACCUAUAGGCUGUAGCGCAAUGUGAAUCAGUCCGAAUUGCCUUGAGGAAGGUGUCAAACAGUCACCAAAUCGUCGGUGAAAAUGAAAACAAUUGCCGUUUUGUAAAUAGUCUCUUUAUCCCGUGAUUUACCAACCACUGUUCACGGUCCUCUGGCGAAACGUUGUAUCAACAGUAACGUUACAUGUGCUACCUUUGAGGAUUUGUGAAUCAUUUCGAUAGAUUUCAAUAAAAGCUUUUUCUAUGUUCA